UUCGUUGGGGAUCAGUUCUGAUCGGUAAUCUGAGCUGGAAGCAUCACUUCUGGAUAUCGAGCGCUGGUUCUUCGCGGGUUCACCGACGUCUUCCGUCGGUUCUUCAGAAGUACUUGUGACAUGAUCAACUUUUACAAGUGAUCGAUCCUCUGAUCGAUAGUUACUGCAACAAUAGGGUGUGUGAUAAGUUAAACAAAUAGCCGCUCAAGUUGAGGGUACUGAUCUUCGCGUGGACGGUGCUCGCAAAACCGGUUUAGUGCGUAUGUAAAUCGCGCUGGAAAAUCUACGAAACAGACCAGAACCGCCGUCGACCAUAACCGCCUUAUUCCGGAUCAUCUUUUGGGGGAAAGAGGGUUUGACAGUAGAUAUCAACGAAUGCAAUAACCAAGAGAAGGUCAUGAAAUCUGCACAAUACGUCGUCGACGUCGUCACCGUGCGAUUACCUUCAGCAUCCAAGUGACCGCAGCCGUCGGGCCGUCAUUUGAAGUGAUCAAAAACCGUAACAAAUCAAAGCCGGCGUGGUACACCGCUUGACCGCCAGAACUGUUUUGUUUGGCCUACUGUUUGUGUGUUACAAGGGAUUUCGCACCGUUCAUCAAAAUGUUCUACAAUCAAUUUGCCACGAUUGCAGUCGUUUUUGGGUUAGUCACAUUUACGCUCAGUUUCGAUUACACCGGAGGAGAUGAGCUGUACGAGGACGAUCCGUGCAAGCUGAGUGACGGUUCCGCCGGAAUUUGCACCGUCAGCGGCAAGUGCGCCUGGUUCGUGACAAACGUGAUCCAGAAACGGCUCGUGCCGUACCGCAGCGUGGUCAGAUGCGGCUUCAACCGCAACGACGAAAUCGUCUGCUGCCCACCGACGAGCUUAGGGCCACGAAACUCCCGCAAGGCGACGCAGGCGUGCGAACACUUUCGCGACUCGACCAAGCUGUCCUUUCUGAUCGUCGGAGGUGAGGAAGCCGAAGAGGGACGUUCCGUUUUUGCCCUGGGGUAUGAGUCGUCCGCCGGAGGAGCCGGGCCGGACCAGUACGAAUGGGGCUGCGGAUCGAGUUUGAUUUCGCCGAGGUUCCUGCUGACGGCUUCAUUCGGAUGGGCAUUUUAA